AUGGCAAUCGUGGGACCUCAAUUUUGUGCACCGUACCCAGUAGAUUUGGGAAUCGUACGUAAGGUGAUGACGAUAACAGAUGGUAACUUCGCCGUCACUGACGUCAACGGAAACCUCCUUUUCAAAGUCAAAGAACCAUUGUUUAGCCUCUCCGACAAAAGAUUCUUACUGGACGCUUCAGACACUCCCAUUUUGACCUUGAGAGAAAACAAGGUGAGCCUGCACGAUAGGUGGCAAGUAUUUAGAGGAAAGAGCACAAACCAAAAUGAUUUGGUGUACACGUUGAAACGAUCGUCGAUGCUUCAGUUGGUGAAGCCAAAACUAGACGUGUUUUUGGCUCAAAACAAGGAAAUGAAGGUAUGCGACUUCCAUGUCAAAGGAAGUUGGAUCGACCGGUCAUGUGUCGUCUACGCUGGCAAAUCUGAUGCCAUUGUUGCUCAGAUGCACAAGAAACAUACAGCGCAGAGCAUAUUAUUAGGGAAGAGUAACUUCUCGGUCACGGUUUAUCCGAAUGUUGAUUAUGCGUUUAUAGUCUCUCUCAUUGUAAUUCUCGAUGACAUUAACCGAGAAGAUUCUGAAGACUAA